AUGGCUUCCAGGCUAACACGAGCGGCCACAGGCCUCACGCGUCUUCGCCCGUCGUCCGCCCUCCUCAAUGCGCAUAUCCCUGCCGUUAGACCCGUCGUCUCAGCUCGUUUUGAGUCCAACUACCCUCCCCCAACAUCCGAGCGACCAGCUCCAGAGGCCAAGGCCAAUGCUAUCCUCGACUUGAUCCCUGGCAACUCCCUUGUCUCCAAGACGGCCGUUCUCUCCGCUACUGCUGGUGUCUCUAUUGCAGCCAUCUCUAACGAGCUCUUGGUUAUCAAUGAAGAAUUCGUCGUUGCCUUCUGCUUGAUUUCCAUGUUCACUGGUGUCAGCAGAUUGAUGAAGCCUAUGUACAACGAGUGGGCCGAGGCACAUAUCAAGAGAGUCAAGGAUGUUUUGUAUGCUGCCCGAUCCGACCACAAGAGCGCUGUUCAGGAGAGAAUCGACCAGGUCUCCGAGAUGAAGGAGGUUGUUCAGGUCACCAAGGAUCUCUUCUCCGUCUCCAAGGAAACCGCUGAACUUGAGUCUGAGGCUUUCGUCUUGGAGCAGCAGACCAAGUUCGCAUCCGAGGCUAAGCAGGUCCUUGACAGCUGGGUCAGAUACGAGGCCCAGGUCAAGCAGAGGGAACAAACCGAACUCGCCGAGUCCGUCAUCAAGAAGAUCACCGAUGAGCUCAAGAGCCCCAAGGUCCUCCAGCAGAUCCUCCAGCAGAGCGUGACUGACGUUGAGAGAAUUGUCGCUCAAAAGUAA